AGGAUGUGGCACUUAGCCAGCAUUUGAACUAGGGAGCAGUCCAGGCUGGGAGCAGUAUCAGCUGAGACAGAGGUUCCAAAUUGCAAGAACUGACCUACGUUAUAUGCAGAAACUUUCCAAAAAACGAUGGCCAGACUGUUGCAAGCUCCACCCAAGUUUCAUCCCUCACAAUGGGAUAUUGCAAACAAGAUCCAGUGUGCCAGUACAGAGUCUCAGAAAACCAGGUCAGAGCACACGAUAAUUGAGAGUCAGAGGCUGAUGGAUGAAAUAGAAAAGAUGACUCGGAAAACACAAAAUGACGUCAACAAGAAAAUAGAACAGAGACUGGAAGAAAUGAAAUUCUGGAAGCAAGAACUGAAUAACAAAUGUGAAGAAAUUGUUCAGGAGACAGAGGUACUGUUGACUUUAAAGACUAGGCUGGAGAAGUCUUUGGAGAGCUGCAAAGAGCCACUUGUUGUUGCCCAAAAAUGUCUCCUAAACAGGCAAAGGCGAAUUGGGAUUGACUUGGUGCACGACGAAGUAGAACGGGAACUUACGAAGGAAACAGAAGUCUUCCAAGGAGUUAUUUCUUUGCUUGGACGUACGUUGGAACAAACCAAUGAGCAAAUCAGACUAAACCGUUCUGCAAAAUACAGCCUGGAAAUGGAUCUGAAGGACAAGUUCACAGCCUUGGUGAUUGAUGAUUACUGUACUAGCUUGACAAACAACGCUCCUGAUACCAGAUACGCUGAUAAUGCGGUGAAAAUAGAAGGAAAUUUUGUUAGCCCUGAAGACUGGAUAGAUUUCUCAAAUGUAAAUGUUGAAAAAGCUGACAAGCAGAGAAACAAUUCCUUGGCACUGAGGGCUGUGAUUGACAGCAUCCUGUCACAGACAGCAGAUGACAUGCACAAGCAACGUGAGGUGGUAAAUAUCGCAUUUAGAAAUAGAGUGAAGGAAGUCAAGGAUGCCAAGCACAAGCUAGAGACACUCCUUGCGAUGGUGAUGGACGAGACUGCCUCACAGGAGAAGAACAUUGCAGCCUUAAAGAAAGCAAUUGCCAAUCAGGAAGGACCUAUUAAAGUGGCUCAGACCCGCUUGGAAGCAAGAAGCCAUCGUCCCAAUGUGGAAUUGUGUAAUGACACAGUGCAAUACAGACUGCUUAGUGAAGUUCAAGACAUUACAAAAAAUAUUCAAAGAUUAAAGGACGCGCUUGCACAAGCUGAGACAGAGCUGAAAGGUCUGAGCCGCCGACAACUUUCCUUGGAGGAGGAGAUCCAGGUCAAGGAGAAUACAUUGUACAUUGAUGAAGUGCUUUGCCUGCAACUGAGAGAGUCUGUUUAUAUUAACAUCUUCUGAAACCAUCAUACUGUAGCCCAGCGUUCUUUUCUCCUGUCAAUUUCUCUGACUUAAGUGUGUUUUUCUCUCCCUCCUGCCCGUCUUACUCAUCUCAUUCAGUUUGUUUCUCUGUUUUGUUUCUCGCUUGUAAGUUUCUCGCUCUUUCCUUUUGUCCUGCUUCCUGACUCUGUUUUUCUUCUGCCAUGCCCCUGCAGGAAUUUUAAUCUUGUUUUCAUUGAUUUCUCCAUGUCACUGUUGUUUUCCUUGUGUCUUUAUUUCUCUGCUCCUUAGCCUACAGCCCUCACCUUUUUUCUCUCUGUCUAUCCUGUUACCUUUUGCUGUAUUUUCACUCUGUGCUGCUUCAGGAAGGACUGCCACGUUGUCCCAGGGGACGAGUGUGAGCGUACAAGCACGGAGCCACAGACCAGA